GGCGCUAUGACAAUUAACAGUCAUGGCUGAGCAGGUAGAAGGCGGGAUGUCGUAUGUUGGAACGCCAGCGCCUCCAUUGCGGUAUCUAAGAUGACAGACAGCACCUUUCAUCAAUCUUUCCGCUGCUGCGUAUAAUAAUGUGUUGUUGCUGAGGCUUUUGGAAGCAUUACGGUAGAAGGCGGUGCCCUGGAGGAGUUUGACUGGUGGUUACAUUUUCUUCAGUGUGCCAGGAUAACCAGCGACGGUAACGCGGUUCCCUAAUAUGUUAUAGUUCUAUAUGAGCAGAUACAUAUUAAUACAUGCUACUCAGAGGCAAAGUGAAGCUACGGGAACUGUGAUUUUUGAUUUUUUUUUAAAUUCGAGUUGUGGGCUCGUGAUGCUCUUUCUGACUGACGCCCUCGUCCUGCAGUCAUAGCAAUGACGACGAUAAGGCAAGACUUGUCUGGUGGACAGUGAAGGAACGGGACCCAGAUGACAUGGAAAACUCCAGAGGACCAACAGCUAAAAACUAAAACCAGAAAAUCUUCUGUAAAAAGUGAGAAGAUAAAAAGUUUAGGAGAGACGGGGACAUGUGAGAAGCAGCUUCACGCCAGAGAGGACAUUCGGAAACAGUGAUUUGGAGUUGGAAUGUACCAGACCAGUUAAGAGGGGGAGGAAACAUCUGGAUGAUCUCCAGAGAUGGCCUCCAACUUCAAUGACAUUGUCAAGCAGGGUUACGUGCGCAUGCGCAGCCGAAAGCUUGGGAUCUAUCGCCGUUGCUGGCUAGUUUUCAAGAAGCCGUCCAGUAAAGGGCCUCGUCGACUGGAGAAAUACGCUGAUGAAAAAUCAGCCAACGUCAGAGCUUGCCCAAAGGUGACAGAAAUUAGCAACGUUAAGAGUGUGACACGGCUUCCUCGGGACACAAAGCGACAGGCAGUGGCCAUUGUACUGACUGACGACACUUCACGCACUUUCACCUGUGAAUCAGAACUGGAGGCUGAAGACUGGUUCAAGACACUGUCAAUCGAGUGUUUGGGAACUAGGGUCAAUGACAUCAUCAUGGGAGAACCAGAUCUCCUGGCAGCUGGGAUGCAGUGUGAACACACAGAGCGCUUCAAUGUGUUCCUCCUACCUUGCCCCAACUUGGACAUCUAUGGAGAAUGCAUGAUGCAGAUCACCCAUGAGAACAUUUACCUUUGGGACAUUCACAACCCCCGCACCAAGCUGGUGACCUGGCCACUCAGCUCCUUGCGACGCUACGGGCGUGACGCCACUCGCUUCACCUUUGAGGCAGGAAGGUGUGACAGCGGUGAAGGUCUCUACACGUUCCAGACCAGAGAAGGAGAGCAGAUAUAUCAAAUGGUUCACUCUUCCACCCUGGCAAUUGCUGAGCAGCAUAAGAAGGUUCUGCUGGAGAUGGAGAAGAAAAGCAGAUUGAUGUUUCGAGGUUCAGAAUCAAACUCCUACCCAUCAACCCCGACAGCCAUACUGCCCAGAUCGGCCUACUGGCACCAUAUCACCGGAACUCACGCUGACUCUGUAGGCGGUCACGCCUCAGAGGAGCUGCUGCUGUCGGCUUGUCUUCCUACCGAGCGCUAUGCCUCUCUGCCCCUUACAAACAUGCAUGCACACUCCCAGCCACACAUACACACACAUUUCCCAUCACCACUUUGCACCUUCCCCAGACCGUAACACAUCUGUACCCUAGAAGCUUUAUUAUACUUUAUACUUUAUACACAUACAAUUUUGUUAAAGAUAAAGAAUAAAACUACACAUCUUUUGAAAGAUGUCUACAAUCAGGGGUGUCCAAAGGGCCACAUACUGAAAAAUGCAAGGAUGCAGGGGUCACUUUGAUCAUUUGUAUUGCUUCUGCUAUAAAUACUAUAAAUAUUUCAAGAAAAAAAAGCUUUGUGCCAAAAGAAACAAACAAAGAUGUAGUUGAAAAGGCAUUUUAUUAGUAUCAACUUGCUCUUUUUUCCCAAUUUUUCUUUAUUUUUUUUUAUUUCAACUUUUUCCAUUUCUACUGUUUUUUUAAAAUGUUGAAGAUUAAUAUUUUUCUCUGAAUUCCCUAUAGUAUUUAGACUUUAUUCUCAUCACAACCUAAUUUUCCCCAAAAUACUUUUAUUUUUUUUAUAUUGCAAUUUUGUUUGCUACAAAAAUGUUUUUUUCAUACUAUCAAGAUGUUAUUCUCAUAAUAUUAAAACUUUUUCUCAUUAGAUUACAACUUUUUAGUUUUACUAUAUUUGUUUUAUUUAUGUAAAAUUGCUGCAGAUUUUUAAUUUUUUUUCCGUUUUAAAAUUAUAUUUAUUUAAAUAUUUAUUUAAUAUUUGUUCAUUUUCCACAUAUUCAGUCUUAAAUAGUCUGUUCAUUGUGGAAGUAAAAAAGUUAGGAUUUUAUUCCCAUAAUACUUUGACUUUAUUCCUGUAAUAUAACUUUUCCCCCAACCUAAUUUUCCAAAAAUUACAUAUUUAUAUUCUCAUAACAUUACAACUUUUUUCUGUAAUAUUUCAACUUGAUCAUACUGCAAUUACAUUUUUUUAUAAUAAUAACAUUAUUCUUAAAAAAAAUGUUUUCUUGUUAAAUUCUAUUUUCAGAAUUUGCUGCCAAUAAAAAGCAGCAGUGGGCCGCACUUUGGACACCCCUGGCAUUACAGUAGUAAUAAUACCAGAUGUGCAAAAAUACAUCAUAGAAUAAUGAAUGAAUUGGCUGCUUUCUGUUCAGUACAUACAUUAUGUGUACUGAUUUCACACAUGGCAUAUAGAAGAGUUUUGGAUAUUUAUAAUUGUAUUUAUAUUAUUGAAGUAUUCAAAUAACUAUUCUGCUUAACUUGCAUGCAACAAAAUUAUGUAAAAAUGAAAACCAUUGUUUUUGGUUCUAUUUUAUUAUAAUAGUACGUAUUAGCAGAGCUCAGGGUGCAAUGCACACAUAGUUCCUUACCCAAGUCAACAAAAAGAUUUUUUAUUCAUGAGCUCAUCUCGACAGUCCCAGUAAGUAGAAGUACUAGGAAAAUAAAAAAAUGGUGGGCCUGUCCACCAUAGUGAGAAGGUAAGUGAAACCAUGUGAGUGGAGAAGUGGGCCCACCAGAUCCACUGUAGGAAACAGGAUAUUGACAGCUAUGUCAAAUCUAUACACCACACUGUAACACAUUUUAAAUGACAGUACGCUACUGGCAGCUAGAGUUGCCAGCUACAAACUGUUAUUCUACAGUGUGCUACUGUGAUCUACAACAACAGUUUAUUACUGCAAAGGUAUUACAGUACUGUGCUGGAGAGAACAUUACAGUAUUAUACUGUUAUUUUACAGUCACAGUGUUGUACAUUACUUUAUUUACUUCUGGGACUUCUCGCAGUGGUUAAUGUAACAUUACUGACACCUGGUGACCAGUGUAGAAUACUACAUUAAUGACUUAAUGACUUCAUUUAGUCAUUUUUAUACUUUAUAGGCUAACAAUUUGGCAAAUUUGCUAACAUAUGCAUAUUCUUUGACUAAAAAUAAGCCGUAGUCAACCACAAAACAGUAAUGAUUUAUUAAUUAAUGUGAGCUGCGAUAUUCUGAGAUUGAUAUGGCAAGGAAUUACUUUAUAUAUAUGGAGAGAAAUGUGUGUCUUUUUAUCCAAUCAAACAAUAAAUGGAUUUAAAAUGUAAAAUAGUGAUUUUUUUUAAACCAUAAUUAUUGAAACCAUAAAUUUUGUUUGCAGGUAUCAGAAUUUUGUUUGUGUUUCUCCUUUAUUGUGGGUGUAUAUCAUCAUUUGACUUUAAACACAUUCUGAUGGGUUAAAUCAGGGGUGUCCAAAGUACGGCCCGUGGACCAUUGACGGCCAUUAGUUUUUUUAUUGGCACAUUCUAAAAAUAUAAUUUUAGAAUAAAACUGUAAAAAACAAAUCAAAACAGAAAAAACCUGCAGUCAUGAAACAGGAAUAAAGUCUAAAUAUUAUUAUAAUAUAAUAAGUUCUAAUCUAAUGAGAAAAAGUCAAAAUUAAAAAAAAAAACAUAAUACAGUAUUUUGACAUAAUUUUUAAGUUUAAAUAUUAAAGAAAAAAGACUUUAAAAUGUAAUAAUAUGAGAAACCACAAACAAAACAAAACAAUGAAAAGUUGGAAUUCUUGGAAACUUCACAAUGUUACAUAAAGUCAAAAAUUAAAAAAUGUCAAAGUGUCCCUGGU